AAAGAAAGAAAUAGAAUUGUGGCCACAGGGGAAAAUUAUAAGCAAUAGAAGUUAUGUGGUUUAGGCAGCUUCAGGGAGCGCUGAAAGAUUUCAGAAGGUGGAUAGAUUCCUUUCUUAUUAAUGAAGGGGCCCUGACACUAGAUCCACUGAACUCGCACUGAGUGGAAGGCUAUUCAGCUCUCUCCUUUGAUUGAAAGCAAGAGCCUGUUACUUAUGAGCUAUUGGUAGCUUUCCUUUUAAUAAGAAGUUGGGGGAAGGGGGAAGAAAAUGGCUGGAGGAGGGGAAGGAAAAGAUGAGUAGCAAAACACGCUGGUAGCUGAACAUGGGACUUCAAGGGAUUUGCAGGACAGGCCUUUGGGAAAAGGUUAAAAGAUUACAAGGAAACUAUGCCCCAGACGCCAAUAUUUUCCAGCAUGCUUGGUUCCAGUUGUAGUGGACAAGUGCAGCCCGAUAUGGGAGAAAGGUGUGGCGAUCCUGUUUAUCAGGAUGGAAACCUUAUUUCUGGAUCACUGGAGGCCUUGAUAGAGCGCCUAGUGCCCACCAUGGACUAUUAUCCAGAUAGGACUUACAUCUUCACUUUCCUGCUGAGCUCGCGAGUCUUCAUUCACCCACAUGAGCUCCUGGCUAAAGUGGGGCAGAUCUGCAUUAAACAGAAGCAGCAGCUGGAAACAGGGACUGAGGCAGAAAAGGCAAAGCUAAAAUCCUUUGCUGCCAAGAUCAUUCAGCUCCUAAAGGAGUGGACUGAAACUUUCCCCUAUGAUUUCCAAGAUGAAAAAUCUAUGAAAGAGUUGAAGGAGAUUGCUCACAGGAUCACACAAUGUGAUGAGGAAAAUGGAACAGUGAAAAAGAUCAUUAGCCAGAUGACACAGAAUCUCCUGAUGGCCCUCUCUGCACGGAGUCAGUACCAAGAAAUCAGAGAGAAAUUCCGGCAACCUGUUGCUGACAAAGGAACCAUCCUCAAAAAUAAGCCACAGUCAACUCAGAAGGACAUCCUGAGCGUGUGCUGUGACCCACUGGUCUUGGCUCAGCAGCUGACCCAUAUUGAACUGGAAAGAGUGAGCAACAUUUACCCAGAGGACCUGAUGCAGAUUGUCAGCCACAUGGACUCCCUGGAUAAUCACAAGUGCCGAGGCGAUGUUACCAAAACCUACAACUUGGAGGCCUAUGACAAUUGGUUCAAUUGUCUCAGCAUGCUGGUGGCUACAGAAAUUUGUAGGGUUGUGAAGAAAAAGCAGCGUACAAGAAUGGUGGAAUUUUUCAUUGAUGUGGCAAGAGAAUGCUUUAAUAUUGGAAACUUUAACUCGAUGAUGGCUAUUAUCUCUGGCAUGAACUUGAGUCCUGUGGCACGGCUAAAGAAAACUUGGUCCAAGGUCAAAACAGCCAAAUUUGAUGUUUUAGAGCAUCACAUGGAUCCAUCCAGCAACUUUUGUAAUUACCGCACAGCCCUGCAAGGAGCAGCACAACGAUCUCAGACUGCCAACAGCAAUCGAGAGAAAAUUGUUAUCCCAGUUUUCAACCUGUUCAUUAAAGAUAUCUACUUUCUGCACAAAAUACAUACAAACCGCUUGCCCAAUGGACAGAUAAACUUCAAGAAAUUCUGGGAAAUUUCAAGACAGAUUCAUGAUUUCAUGACAUGGAAGCAGGUUGAGUGCCCUUUUGAAAAGGACAAGAAGAUCCAGAGUUAUCUACUCACAGCACCCAUUUACAGUGAAGAAGCUCUGUUUAUUGCAUCCUUUGAAAGUGAAGGUCCAGAAAAUCACAUGGAAAAAGACAGCUGGAAAACACUCAGGACAACUCUGCUUAAUAGAGCCUGAGAUUUUGAGAUCUGAUCCGCUGACUUUGAAGCACACUGAAAGAACAUGUUUUUAAAACCUGAGAGACUUGGGUUGAGCUAAGAAAGACCUCACUGGCUGAGGUCUGUUUUGUAUAUAUAGUACCUUUUAUGAAAAAAAUGUGGUAAAUAUUUCACAUGUCAACCUUAAGGCACUUAGUGAAGGGUUUGGGGUUUUUAUUUUAAUACAAGGGCAGGGCCCUGUUCUCAGAGAUGAAGUGUAUCAUGGGAGGUGGUAUCCCUGGGGAGGUUUUAUUCUAUCAGCAUCCAAAUUUUUAUUUUUAUUACUUCCAAAAAAAAAAAAAAAAAAAAAAAGGAAAAAGAAAAAAAAAAAAGCAUCCCAGCUACAGCUAGCGUUCAGGUUAAAUACUCCAUUGGACCAAUAACCUACAAAACACUCAAUACAUUUCCUUGGCUUUGAAGUGAAGGAUCUCAUUCAAAUCAGUGAGGCUGUUCAUAUGCAUGGUUAAGUGCUUGUACAGUCAAGGCCUUAGACAUCUGCAGUAAGCACGUCCCUCUCCUGCAUCAGAAAAUAGUGCCUUACAAGGUACUGAAAUUGUUUAGUGUACCUUCUAUUACGCUGGACUGGAAGCAAAGAAAAUAAAAAUAUGGAUGUCUUAAAACCAGCUACAAUGUACUUUUUAAAUAAAAUGGAGGGUAUGGCACAUGAAGUAGAGUAUACCUGCCUAUAACAUUGACGGUGCAGCAAACAUAUUUUUGUUACGUGAUUUAAAGAGGUAAGAUAGGGAAACUGCUGGGGAUGUGCGUUUGUGUGCGUGUAUGUGUGCGUACGUGUGUGAAGAUGCACACAUGCCUAAGUUUUAAUACUCCUGGGAACUAUCCUUUAAGUUCUGGCUGUCAGAAUAGUUUGUGUUUUCCUUUUCUAAAAUCAGGGAUUAUUUUAUUUUAUUUUUUAAAAGGGAAGGAUGUCUAAUCUAGAUUAUCUCUGCAAAACAGAUUUGAUGUGUUUUAUUCUCCAAAAAGUUGCUUGCAAAAAAAUCAUGCAUAAGUUAAGGAAAGGGAACUAAACUCAGAUGUCAAAUUUGAAGCUAAGGCUAAGAUUUCCAAAGAAGCUUAAGAAGAGUUGAGUACUCCAUCUCCACUGAAUUGGACCUUUUAAUUCCCUUGAUUCCUUUGAAAAUGCUAGUCUACGCUAACAGACAAUUAAAACAAAGAACAACUUGCAUCAUAAGUGCAUUCUAGUAUUCUAAAAGCCCUGAUUAAAAGUGUGGGCCAAAACAUUGAAAUUACGAGAAAACACCAGAGGAAUUAGCUCAAGCCUUCAAAGCCAUGACAGUAUCAGAAUUCGAGAUGUUCUGUAAGCUUGGCAUCUAAUUUCUUCUUUUAACCUUGAGGUUGUGGCUAAUUUGGCUAUUAUAACAAGCAUAACUGAGAAUCUUAUAUUAAGAUGUAAGCUAUCCAUUUCCAGGAAAAAUUACACAUUUCAGGACUUUCUUUCUCCCUUGAUCUCUGAGUUAGGAAAAAAGACAAUAGGCUCAAAUUAAAAACUAUUUUGUUUAAUGAACUACUACCCAUGAAUAUCCUCUAUCCUUUCCAACAAUUGUUCUCUUAUGGCUUCAGGGCUGGAUAUCUAUAAAGAUAGUGAGCUGAUCCAGACAGUUAUAUCACAGAAUUUUUCUCAAAGCCCUCUAGAGCUUGAAAUGGUUACUGUCUCUCUACUAGAGCCUCACAAAGGACCUCUGUGCAAGCUUCUUUAAAAACUGUCAAUUUUGAGUAGGUGGGUUGCAGCCCUCUUCCAAUACAUCUUAUUCUGCCCUCUGUUGAGGCAGGCGGCAAGACUAGCUGGACCAAGGGUCUGAUUCGUUCCAGUCCGGUAGACUCCUCUCACUGAACGCCUACCACCACAAGCAGUCCCACUGGUUUCACGCAGCAUUUGCAUUCAGCAAGCAGUAAUCGUUUGCUGUGUUAGCCCUGCAGGAGAAUGAAAGUAAAAGAGCCUUCCCCUUUGGCCUGAUUUUUUUUUUCCUUGACAAACACUUGAAAUAAGAACAGUAAGCUGGGGUAAGGAAGAGGAAAUUUAAAAAAAAUCAAUCAACAUUUUGCUAUUCUUAUAGAACUGAAAUCGAAGAGAAACAAACAAAAACACAUUAGAUAAAUGCCAUGAAAAAGGAGAAGGAAUACUAACUGUUAAAAAGAACAGCCCAGAAAAGGAGAGGGGAUAUUUCUUGUGAUCUGCUGCUAUUUCUCCUGUGCUGAAGUAUUGACCUUCAGCCCUGGAUUAGGGUAAGAAUAUUUAUACUGUAUUAUUACAGUGUUUUGCACUUUCAGAGAUGUUCUAGCUAGUAACAUUGUCAGACACUAUAAAAGGGAUUGUAUAUCAGCUUUGUUUAUGUAAUCAAAAUUUAAAAGGGAUGCUUAAAAUUUAAGAAAAAAAUAUAUAUUUGAAAUGCAAUUUUAGAACACUUUCUGUAAAUGUAUAAAAAAGCUUUCACAUGAAUGUGCACUUCACUGGUCAAUCAGUUCUAGUAUAUACUUGAAAUCAAUGCAGUAUCUACAUUGGUUCCUUUUUAUUUUUCUUCCCUCAGUUUGAUACAUUCCUUAAAUCUGUGUUUUGCUAUUCUGAGCUGAAAUGCUAAAUAUAAAGCUGUACCAUAAAGCAGGAUAUUCUGUGUUUGAUUGGAUGUGCUUGCAUUAAUAAAAAAAAGUUGCUUCAACCAGG